CAAGAGCGUAAGAUUGGAGACGGGAGCCUCUCCCCCUCCCUCACUAGGGCCUAACGCUCCUCCCCUCACGGCGCAGGCGCAGGGGCCGCUGCCGGCUCCGGCUUCCGUUCCAUUCGCAGGGACGGCAGGGGCGCCGCGUGCGUGGGAGACGCGCGGCCGCAGCACCGCCCGCCCGGCCCGGGCCGGUUACCGCCGGCACCAUGAAGAUCUGGACCUCUGAGCAUGUCUUCGAGUAAGGGGCGGGGCUAGGCCACGCGCGCGCAACGGCCGCGGGGGUCACCCCUGGGAAACAGUUACAACAGCUGCUAUGCAGAAAUACCCAAAUCCCAUGAACCCUAGUGUGAUUGGAGUUGACGUACUAGACAGACACAUAGAUCCCAGUGGAAAGUUGCAUAGCCAUAGACUGCUCAGUACAGAAUGGGGGAUGCCUUCUAUUGUAAAAUCACUCAUCGGUGCUUGCAGAACAAAAACAUAUGUUCAGGAACACUCUGUAGUUGACCCUGUGAAAAAAACAAUGGAACUUAAGUCAAGUAACAUUUCAUUUACAAAUCUGGUGUCAGUAGAUGAGAGGCUUAUCUAUAAACCACAUCCUCAAGAGCCAGAAAACUAUGGCUUCUGUCCCACGGGGUUGGGCCCAGCUCCUUGCUCUUGGGUGUUGCGACCUGGUGCAUGGUUUCUUAGUGCCAUUUCAGGUUUGGCCUGGCUGUCGUUCUGUCAUCAUGAUGCCACUGCCAGAACCAUUUUGACUCAAGAGGCAAUAAUCUCUGUAAAAGGUGUCAGUGUCAGCAGUUAUCUCGAGGGAUUAAUGGAAAACACUAUCUCUUCCAAUGCUAAUAAAGGCCGUGAAGCAUUGGAAUGGGUAAUCAGUAAAUUGAAUGCUGAAAUUGAGGAGUUCACAGCUUCAGCAAGAGGAAGCAUGAGGACUUCUAUGGCAGCAGCAGCAUUUGUAGAGAAAUAAUAGUGAAUACAGCUAUAUCAAUUAAUAGCUCUAAGUGUCUAAAAUAAGCAUACUAAAACUUCUCUCCAAGUUGAAAUAUAUUUAUUCUUAUAUUUGUUAUUUAAAAGUAUAUUUGUAUAUUAGGUAGGUUUUAAAUUAAAACUUGGAGAGAAGUUACAAAUUCUUGUGACUGAACGUUAUGUGGUGGGGCUUCACUAACAUGUUAGUUCCAUUGGACUGAACAUCGUUUCAAAUGAAAUAAUCUAACAUUCAGAGCUUGUUCCUGUAUUUAGCUGAACACUUAUAUAAAAUAGUUUUUUAUCCUAGGUAAGAUUGCAGACGUUGCAGGAGAUUGACAUGUUAGUGAAUCCUACUUGGGUGGAAUUCAGUGGUUUGAUUCACGGCCUCUACCUCUUUUGGGACCAAGCCCAAAAUUAAGCAAAAUAGCUUGGGCUGGCAAAGUUGGUGUUAUGUUUGUCUUGGGCAGUUGAAUGAUAUAACUUGAUUUAGAUGGAAGGUAUUACUUGAAGUCUGAAGUAUAAAUGAAUGUUUGUAUAAAAAAUACUUGUUUUGAUAAACUGCUGUUAAAGCGUUAUUGGAUAGCUGAGCUAAAACGGUACUUUUAAAGUUAACUAUAUCCAUCAAACAGCAUCUUAAAACUCACAAUAAAAGUCACUGCAUAGUUUUGAAUAGUGUACUUACCUGCUGAGGCCCAAGUUCUGUUCUUAAAGAUGAAGUUGCAUGUUACAUGCCAAUAACUGAGGGAAGAACUUAGUCCUAGAUGCUUACUCCUUUUUUUCACCAUCACAAUAAAAAGGAAAACAACCUCUAUUGAGAAGGGUACUAUAACCACAUGUGCAUUUUAACAUGUAAUUUUGUAGACCAUUAAAGCUUCAUAGAAAAGUAGAAACAUAUUUUGAAAUCAGAAGAAAAACUGUCUUGACGUUAUUCGAGGAACUUUAUAGAAGUGAGACUGAGUUACUUCCUCGUACGUUUACAAGAGUUGUUACAUUGCUAAACAUGUUUAAAAUGUUGCCUAAUCAUGCUUCAAAAAUACUCAUUAAGCGUGGUAUCAGACUAUUUGGGUGUCCUUUAAUUUAAACACAGUAUUUUGCAUUUAAUUUUCUAUGUAAUACUCUGUGUGCCUCCUUUAUAUCUUAUUGAAAUAAUUGUCUGCUUACAAACAAGGCUUUUAAAUGAAAGACAGGAAUCAGAAUUUAGAGGAGGGUUUGGUAAUCUUGUUUCUUGGUACUGGCCACAGAUUCUUGGUGCUUUGUCAUUCUUAAAUUCCCACAGCUUAUCACAAAGGGUCAGAUUUUUGCCAACUGUACUGAAGUCAAAUACCAUAUUACUCUGCAGAUAAUUCCAUUGGAAUUAUCUGAGGACUUCUCAUAAAAUAAGGGCUUGUCUACACUGAUUUGUCUACAUGGCUUGUGUAGCUGCAGCACAUAAUUUGGAGAGCUCUCCCAGCGCUCUAAAAAAACCACCUCCAUGGGUGUAGCUACAGUGCUGGUGUACUGCCUAUACUGUCACGUUACAGUGGUGAAAGUUGCAGCGCUCGGGGGGGGGUGUUUUCACACCCCACACUGCCUGUACUGUCACGUUACAGUGCUGAAAGUUGCAGCGCUCAUGGGGUGUGUUUUCACACCCCACACUGCCUGUACUGGCACUGUACAGUGCUGAAAGUUGCAGUGCUCAGGGGUGUGGUUUUUUCACAUCCCAAGCGAGAAAAGUUGUAGCGCUGUAAAAUGGCAGUAUAGACAAGCCCUACGGCACCUUUCAAUGUGGGGGGAAAGUGCAAAAUGUAGCAUUAAAGAAACUGCACUGAUGAUUUACUGGUCGGAAAUCCUGACUUCUUGUGCCAUAAGGGGUCCAUUUGGCAUUUCAGACUUAAUCAUAUGUUUUGUUUCAUUUUCAGAAUAUAAGAUGUCACCUGUUUAGUAUUUUCUGUUAUAUGCCAUUUUUCUGUGAUAUUGAAGUUGCAUAUUGAAUAUUGUGUGUUUAACAAAACUAGAUCUUUUCUUAGUUUAACAGUGAUCAAUAUAGUGGGAACACAAACUUCAAUAAGAUUUUAUAUAGAGGAAAGACUGUGUAUGUGUGUAUAUAAUGCAACAAAAGAAAAUUUACCUAUUUAAAAAUUUAAUAUUUUUUCUACUUAAAACCUAUGAAGUUUUAAUUUGAGACUUUGUGAGUACACUUGUAAAAGCAACUCAGAUCCAUUAGGGUUUGUGGCUUUUUUUUACACAUGGAGAUUGUUCAUAAAACUGAAAUUAUAUUUCAGCUAAAGAUUAGUAAAUUUUGCUACUUGAUAAAAAUUUCUGUAGUCAAUACUGUAUCUUGUGAUAAAAGUUGCAGUGCUCUAAAAAGUUUCUAAUCACUAAUUUAACUUGUAAAACCUAGCUUAGUUCUGUGCAUUUUAAACCCGGCAUGAAUUUUCCUCAUUUUGCUGCACUGUGGACCAACUGACUUGAACUGGCAAUAUUUAGUAGGCAUUUGAAGGAUUUUGAUUUUUCAUAUUUAUUCAGGCUUUUGUGCUCUUUCUGAGCAGGGUAGUUCUUUUGUGUGUGAAUAUAUUAUUUUAAAUAAAGUUGUGGCUGAGUUUUGACUAGUGAGUAGGGCAGUCAGUUUGAAGGCUGUUGAUUCUUUUCUUCACUGUUCUAUAGUGGAGUGGGAGCACUGAAUGCAGGGGAAGACACACUCUUUCUAAUUUACUUAUUAAAUAACAUAUCCCCAAAUUUGCAGAGCCACUAAUAAGUUAAACAUAAAGAGUUCCUAUAACCUUUCUGUAUUGCCUACUAUGCUUUUCUGUAAGACCACCACACAUUAACCUGCAGCCCAGUUCCAAGUCCGUUUGAGUCAGUGCAUGUUCCUUUGCAAUAUCUGCUCACAUUUCUUGGGGUUAACAGAGGGAACUGAGGCCAUAGGGGCAGUGCAGCCCUUUCUGCUCUGAGCUUGUGACCUCCAACAAGAACUACUUUCCAGAAAUUCUGCAAAGCUCCAUGGCACUGGAGGUAAAACAUCCUGCAUGUGUGACUAUGGAGAGGCAACAUUAUGCAUAACAGUUACCAUAGUAACCUGGUUCUUUUUUAUACCUGCUUUCUCGCUAUCACUGUGGCAUUAAACCCUUGGGUUAUAGAAAGCUGGUUGGAACUCAGUUUCUUAGUUCUUACCAAUCUAGGAACAUGUUUUUAAAAAAUGUUUUAACUAGUAGGCUGGCAAGACUUAGAAAUAAGGUUUAAGUGAAACCAUUUUUAACUGCUUUGAAAGAUAGGCUCAUUCAUGUGGUGAGGCCGUUCAUGGGAGAGGGUGCAAGGAAGGAUGUUGGUAGACUUUUCACCGUUUUCGGUGGUUUGUUUUGGAUCUAAUGGGCCCAUUUCUCUCCUGUGAUAAAGCUGUUUUUGUGCCGCGCCAACUGUGCAAAGCAGUCCUAAAUAGUUUACCCAGCUAAUGGAUGAUUUCCUUUGCUUAGGAGAAGCACUGGUUGGUGCAGAGUGGCUCCUGUACCACUUCCAUCCAGCCCCCAAUGUAGAGAGCAGCCAGGGUACCCUGUAUCUAGCUAACCCACAGCUAUUUGAAUAGCCUCUGGGGGAUGUCAGCAGCUGUCUUAAUUUACAGCAACCCUGAAGCUGGUGUAUGCUGGAUACUGCGACUGGCACAAAAGUGACUUAAAGCCACUAGGCUGACGAGGGUUUGCUGUGAGCAUAGUGAGGAGGAUCUGGUCCAGAGUUUAAAAUUCCUAAUUUGAACCAGGAAAUCAGGUACCCUUUAUAAAGAGCCAUAUUGUGCUAUCUGUUUUUAAGUAGAUCACCAUUAUUGAUUUCAGUAGGAGUUCUGCUUAAAAGUUGCUGCAUUAUGGACUCAGAGUAAAUUUUUUAAUGUAGGAGUUGCCAAAUCCUAGGGAUGUGGUGGUCAAAUUUAUCAUCCUAGAUAGAUAGUUUUCAGUAGGAGAAAAGUGAUUUGGGGCCUAUCUGCGCUACAAGCCUACACUGUUACAAGGGAAUAAUAGUUCAAUAACAAUAUUGUGUAUAUACAACAAGCAAAAAUACACUGAGUCACUCAAAGCCUGCCAGACAAUUGUACACCGGCUGUGUGAGUUUUAUAGACCGGCCCUCAGAAAAGCAGCCAGAAAGGAAUUAAGAUAAGCCAGAGCCCAUUCUGCUUGUUGGUAAUGUUCCUCAGUGUUGUGUGCUCACUGUUCACUUUGCAAGUACAUAACCGAGCCUAACAUACUCUUAUUGCCACUUUCUACUUGUCUUCUCAGUUAUUUUGGAUGCAGGACUGUCAGAUUUUUCCUUUUCUGUUUCCAUAGCAUACCCUCCAGCACAGGGGUUCUCAAACUGGGGGUCGGGACCCAUCGGGGUCACAAGGCUAUUACAUGGGGGGGUCACAAGCUGUCAGCCUCCACUCCAAACCCCGCUUUGCCUCCAACAUUUAUAAUCGUGUUAAAUAUAUAAAAACAUGUUUUUAAUUUAAAAGGGGGGGUGGGGGUCACACUCAGAGGCUUGCAAUGUGAAGGGUGACCAGUAAAAAAGUUUGAGAACCACUGUGGACUGUACUGAGGAUUCCUAUUUAGAGAGACCCAAUAGAAUUCUAGUGGAUUUUUUAAUGUGAGUGAAGCCCACUAGUGCUGACAUAGUUAAUCUUAUUUGAAAUUUACAUUUUAAAGUAAAUUUGGGAAUAUGAUACAUUGUCCAGUUUAAUCUCAGGUCCUACUGAGGGAUAUGCUGGCCGCCGUUUCCCGCAACCCCCAUUGGCCUGGAAUGGCAAACCAUGGCCGGUGGGAGCUGUGAUUGGCCGAACCUGCAGAUGCUGCAGGUAAACAAACCGUCCCGGCUCGCCAGCAGAUUUCCCUGACGGGUUGCGUGCCAAAGAUUGCCAAUUCCUUGUCUACACUGUAAUAAAAGCCCACGGCAACAAGUCUCCGAGCCCAGGCUGACUUGAGCUCUACCUGCAGGCCUAAAAAUAACAAUGUAGACAUUCAGGCUUGGUCUGGAUUCUGAGACCACCUCCUGUUGUGGGGUUUCAAAGCCCCAGGUCCAGGCUGAGCCUGAAUAACUACACUGCUAUUUUUAGCCCCAUGAGCCUGAGUCUGUUGUCUGGGCUCUGCAACUUGGUGCCAUGGAUCUUUUAUUGCAGUGUAGAUGUACUCUUUCACAUAAAACCUAAUGCUUCUAACUGACAGUAAAUUUGUGAUACUCUCUCUGGUAGAUGCAAUAUACCAAUAUGUGAUGCUGCACAGAGAAAAGGCUGGCUUGGGAACACUUAGUAGCCCAUCAGAGUUCUUCAUUAUUAUGCUACCAACUAGAGAUUAUAAACUCAAUCAUAUGAGUAUAGUAAAUAAUUUUCCUGCAAACAAUGGGCCAAAUCUUGUUCUCACUGAAGUAAAUUGGAGCAGGAUUGAGCCCAGUGUGAACUUUAAAGAAAUUCCUAGAACUUUGUGGAUUUCAAAGACAGAGCAAGAAACUUGUUUUGUUUUACGGCCCUGAUCCUGCAAGCAGCUCCACUGGGGCAAGUCUCUGUCAAUUUGGGUUCUAUGAAGGUGUAGACGUCUGCUUCCAUGGAGAGGCUUACAGGAUCAGGGCCUAUGUUUGUAAAGUAACAUGUAAACAUAUGGGGCUACAUAUACAGUUAAUAAUAUUUGUAUAAUUCCAUUGAAAAGGGGAGACAUCUGAUUAGCUGGCAGCCUCGGGAUUUUUUGUCUUUUUUUGUCUUUAUUUUUAAAUUAAAUAUGAAGUACAAUCUUUACAUUAUAGCCUUUUGUUGCUUUCCUAUCAGCUGGAAGGUUUGCUUCAAGCCGAGCUGGUGCAUGUUUGCUGCUUCUCCUGGUGCUGUGGUUUGAGCUGAAAUUAUUCUUUUAAACUAACCAAACAACAUUUAGGAAUCUAACAGAAGUAGUGUUGAGUCAUAGGGCAGUUGCACAAUAAAAUGUUCAGCUGGGAUGUGAAUUUUAUUUGGGGCUAGACUAGAGUUUUGUGGGAAGUGAGGUGGGGAAAUUUUAGCUUUGUGCAGUGGCUUCUUUUCUGUGUAGCAAGUUUAUGAGCUUGUUGCUGCUGUUUGUGUCUUCAUUGGAUUGCAUUUAUAAUCACUUGUCAAAGGUGUCUGGACUCUGGGAUUGAUGUUUUUAUAUUCACUGCAUUGAAAUUAAGAUGAAUAAGUAACCUGCUUCUGAUUUAGAAUUUUUAAAACCCUUUGCUGCUUUUGAAGCAGGAAAUGUCCCAAACCACUAAGAGAGAGCAAAAUAUAGAAGCAGUAGCAUGGCUUGAGGUGAAGAGCCCAGUUUACAGCAACUUGAAGAGUAUCGGGUCCUAAAGCCAUUUACAUUCUGGAGCACCAAAAGAGGCUAGCUUGAUUACCACCAUAUUUGAAAACAAGCACUGUUCUGCUUAACUCAGAGCUGUGUUACAAGUAUGCUUGGGCAUAAUCAUGUUUGCAGACAGUUUUAAACUUACUUACAAGUAGUAGUAGCAGCAUGGUCUAAUAUAUAGGACGUGGGAUUGGGAGUUAAGGGACCUGGGUUAUAAUUCUGACUCUGCCACUGUCUGAUUUUAGACAAGCAACUUUAUUUCUCAAUUUCCUCAUCUGUAAAAUGGGUAAAAUUUUCAAAAGUGUCUAAGUGGCUUAGAAGCCUAAGUCUCAUUGACUUUCACUGGAACUUAGGGCUUGUCUACAUGGUGCCUUAGUCUGCACUAGAGGUGUGUGAAUUUUAGCAUGUUGCACACUAACUGGCCCAGGUGGACCCUGCUGGCAUGAACUAAAAAGUUCCCUUGUGCAUAUUAAUGUAGUCCGGUUUCAAACAGUAUUACAUUAAUAUGCACUAGCGAAUUUUUAAUGCACACCAUUGGGAUCCACAUGGGCCAGUUAGUGCACAUAGAAUUUACACCCCUCUAGAGUGGACUAAUGCACUGUGUAGCAAACACUUAGUCUGCUAGGGGCAUUGUGGGUCAGGAUUCACAAAGGUAUUUAGUGAUUUCAAGGGCAGUUAGGUGCCUAAGUACCUUUGUGAAUCCCACACCUGAGUGUCUUAGCUGCUUUUGACAAGGCUUUUAAGUCACUUAGGUGCUUUAGAAAAUUGUACCCAGUGUUAUUUACUAUCUUCUGUAAAACGCUUUGACAUUUACCAAAAAACCCCUGUAUUAUGUUACAACUGACAGGGCAUAAGACCAUUAAAUAUAUUUUAAAUUAAAAGAACAAGAAAAAGUCAUUAAAUAUAUCAUUUGCAAUAGUUAUUUGUAACUAGUAAAUGUGGACUGAAUCCUGACCCCACAAUGCCCCUAUUAUUCCAGACCUAUGUCUCUCUAGAGAAUAGUCAGAUAAGACUGCCAAAUUGUGUCUAAUUUGUGGAGAGGACAACUGAAAAUUAGAAUUUCACUGUCAAAGUCAUUUUUACUUACAUUCUAAACCCGGAGUUGAAUCCAAAUGUCCAAACGUUAAAAAACACCAAAUGGGUUCAUCCAUAUCACCAGCUCAUCUCCAAAAUCUAGCUCUGUAAUAGAAAACAAUACAGAACUGCAACCUUACAUUAAAAUUGUAGAUAAUUUCAGAGUACAGUAUUAUGUACUAGUGCUCCAUGAUGAGUGCUUCAUCGAGGCAGUUAGGGAUUUAUCAGAAGAUUACCUGUAUUUUAAUCAGCAUGACAUGAUUUCCAGUAGCUGUUGAACAGAUUAGGGUCAUCUGCAGCAAGCACAGCAGAGCUUGAACAGUCCGAGCCCAAUAUGGCUCACACUAGGGAAGAAAGGAGACAAAUCCACAACUAGAGAAGGUAUGAAGUAUUAUUAAAGCUCAGUGUAUGUUCUGUGCAGUAAUGAUUAUGCUUCCAUGUUCCUCCAAUGUGUGUCAUUUCACAGGAAAAGCAGAGUAGCUCUGCCACUCUAAACAAAUGCAGAAGAAACGCAGUGAAGGGACACUGAAAUCUGUAAUGUGUUGGAAAUCAUGUCAAUAUUGGCUUUUCAUUGUAUUGUGAUUAGCUUAGUUAUAAUGAUUUGCUUUUUAUUGUAAUGUGCAUCUGUGAAACUUUUGAAUCUGAAGAGAGACAGUUACAGAAUGGCGGAUCCUUAUGCAUUAGAUGGGAAAGGAUUUCUCAGAGGUGGUUCAUAAUUUUUGUUGUUUCAUCAAGUGUGCAAGGGAAGAAGGAGAGUGAGCAUAUUUAUAUGAUCAUCAUAACCAUUACUGAAACCUGUGUGGCAAGAGAUUUUCAUGUAUUUUGCCAUCCUGAUCCAUAUAUUUUGUACACUUGUUAAGAUGACAAUUAUAUUGGAUGACCUCUAAAAUCACCGGUUUAUUAAAAAUAAAUGUAAAGUUUAUUUGAUAAUUCAGUCUUGUUUAGGACUUGUAUUGUUGCAUAUGUGAAUUUUAUUUUGUAGAAUGAAAUAUUUUUCAUCUGGUGCCAAAUUCCUAUGUUCAUCAGUCUGUACAUGUUACGACCAAACUCCUGUUGACUUCAGUUGGUGUCUAGUAGACACUUCUCUUCACUAAGAAGCAACCUUAGUGGGAGUGAUGACAUUAAAUCAAUUAUGCGUGUGUCUGCACCUCAGUCAGAUGAUGAUACAGACAAAGUUAAGCUGUGUUCCUAACCACCUGAGAAAUUGCAGCCUUGCAUCAUGAGUGCAUGCCUUACUGGUCCUGGCCCAAUAUACUGUGUUUGAACACAACUGUGAGUGAAUAUAUGUUUGUAAUGAUUUUUUUAAAAUACAUCUGUGCCAUGUGUCCCAUCAUGACAACUGGUAUCAGUAAGAUUGGAACUGCUGACUGUCUUGCUAUGCAAUCUUGAGGGGCCAGGAGCAGCUGUAGAAUUCUCACCUUGUGAUCUAUCCCAAAGUAUAUUAAAGGCACCAUUGUGAACUAGAA